AUGGAGUACUUCAUUGACACUGCAAUUGACACAGGUUCAGAGUACUGUGCAUGCAGCCAACAGCAGCAGCAGAGGCAAUCAGCAGUCGCCAACAGCAACAGCUGGGUGGGGACUCGAUCGGGCAGGCGGCAGCGGCAACAGCAGGUGGCGGCCAGGCGGCAGCGACAGCAGAAGGUCCGCGUGGUCGUCUCGCCGCCGGGGAAGAUCCGCGUGACCCUGUCUGCCGAAUACUUUGGAGAAAGAGAGAGAGAGAGAGCCACGGCGCUUACGCAGACGAAGGAGGAGGGCGACGAUUGCUAUCUCCCGCCGCCGGUGGUCAUCGGGCCCGACGAGGACGGUGUGAGAAAGGUUAUCGAGUACCGCUUAGAAGAGGGCGUGGUUUUAAAGGUGACCACGACCACCCGCUCCCGCUCUAAACUCGCCGCCAAGGAGCACCGCUCGUGGCCCAGGUUCGGCGACGCCGCCAACGACGACUGCGCCACCUUCCGCUCACGUAAUCCGCACCCAAACGUGCUCUCCUCACAUGAAGUCUUCCUUGAUCGCGCUGGGACUGGCAGCAGAGCUGCAAGAGGCGGUCCAGUGGCGGCCAUGCUUGCCGGCGAGCGAGAUGGUUCCGUGGUUUGCGGGACCUGCAAGAAGGGCUACCACUGGACGUCAAGGUGCCCAUACAGUGACCUUUAUUCCCAGCUGGAAGCCUUGGAUGAGCAGCCGAAACCCGCGUGUGAAGGAGGUCGCUCCGCUGCAUACGUGAGGCGGAGGAACCACGACAACACCGUCCGCGUGGACAAUCUUUCGGAGCAAGCCCGUGAUCCAGACCUUCUGGAGCUGUUUGGCGCGGUUGGCCCGGUUCGCCGCGCACAUGUCGUCGUGGAUCGCAGGACGGGAUCUAGCAAGGGGUUUGGAUUCGUAGAGUUCGUCCGCAGGGCAGAUGCUGAAAAGGCUAUCCGCACCCUCGAUCGUUACGGCUACGAUCACCUCAUCAUCCGUGUGGAGCGACCAGAACGACGCGUCGGCUGA